AUGCGAAGAAAGUUUCGCCAGCUAUUCAGUGGGCAAGCAGGAUCACAACCGAGAAGGAAGGAAGCUUGCGAACCUCCCACACCAGCACCGUCCUCGACUGAAACUCCUGCCGAGUUCUACUACGAGUCGAUCGCACCCGACGAAAUCCGUCUUCUGACAAUAGCACCAUCACCAAGUCAAAGCCAACCACUCCACUGCUACCUCACAAGCCAUCGACGGAACGAACAUCCUGGCUACGCAGCCAUCUCCUACACCUGGGGGGAUGCAUCCCAGCGUGGAAACAUCGAGUGCAAUGGCAAGUCCUUGGGAGUGACACAGAACUGUGAAGCGGCUCUGCGAGCGCUAAGAGAUCAAGCCAAGCCGCGCACUGUUUGGAUAGACGCUGUCUGCAUCAACCAGGAAGAUUCCGAGGAGCGUCGUUUCCAAGUCGCCAACAUGGGUGAGGUCUUUCGCCUUGCGACUGUGACUUUCGUCUAUCUCGGCGAGUCAGAUCGGAGAUGGAGCAUAUUUGACCAAGUCCCCGAUCUGGAAUGGCAGGGCUUGCUAAACAGGCCGUGGUUCAGUCGCACCUGGGUGAUUCAGGAGUUACUACUGUCUCGGGAGGUCAUCGUCGUCAUCGGCCUCGACCGUAUGGCCUGGAAAGAUUUCCUGGCAUUUUGUGAAGCUAAAAAGAGUGAAUUGCACCUGCCGACGCUCAUGACCAUGCGCACCGAGUUCUCGCUCGAGUACGCACGACGGCCCCCAAAAGGCUGGGAUGAUGGAGACAUGCCCGGACCUGAAAUGGCAGAUGACGAUGAUGACGAUGUAUUGGCUGCCUUGAGCAGGAAUGUGCCCAGGCAGAUGCCCUCAUCAUCAUUGUCUCCGACCAAACAAGCAAAAACAACGGCACCAGCUCGCAUUCUGGAAAACGUCAAGGGCGCAAACAUCUCGAGAGCUGGACACAGCGAUCAAGAACGGUCAAGCAAGGAGACCGGGCAAAUGAAUCUAAAUUACUGGCGGCUUCCGGACAUUCUAGAGAUGACCCACGAGUUCAAAUGCCAGGAUCCGCGCGAUGCUUUGUUCGCCAUUCUGCCUCUGUUCUCUCGACCAAUUCCAAAUCUUCUUCAUCCUGACUAUCAGAAAACGCCUCAAGAGGUCUUUGCAGAUCUCUCGUGGUUCUUGAUCGAGCAAGGCAAUGUGACGGCCUUUAGGCAUAGACACCAACGGACCCCAACCGAGAUGUCGACUCCCUCUUGGGUGAUGUAUUGGCCGGCUUCAAUCUUACCGCCACCUUCGGAUCUUUAUUUUGAGCAAUUACCAGCCAAAGCAGGUUUUGGAUCCGCUGGACGGGAUGUUCGAGCAAAGAGAGUAGGCACUGAUGGCAGCCGCAUCCAGCUUCGAGGACUGAUCGUUGGCGUGGUAAAUUGUCUAUAUCACAUCAACGAUCUUCUGGUCAUGUUGCCCAUGAAGCUGCCCAUCGGCGACUUAUUCGUUGCGCUUACCACUGUUGCUGAACAAACCAACGUCGCAGACGCCAGCGGCUAUCUAAACUUGAAGUGGACCUGGCUUAUUACUGAUGUUCAACACAACUCAAACGAAGCAGUAGAAGAACUAUUACAAGGCAUCUCCAAUCGCGUGAUUGACGAUAUACAGACCAACUACUCUGUUCACGCGCCCGAGAUUCAAGCAAGUGUAAAAGUGAACAUCCAGACCGAUGCAGACGAGACAUACAAACUUCGAGUGAAAGUAUGGUGUCCUUCUUACGACUUCGCUGCCCGGUCUCUGCACUCCGCCAUCACAUUGUGCUGCCAGGAGCGAUACCGUCGAAGGCACUACUAUGACCAUCAACUACCCAAGUUCAUUCGCACAGAGAAUUCGAGUAUGUCCUUCAGGUUGACCAACGAGGAUCAUGAUACAUUCGAGCACGAUGUCUCAUCGGCAUGCAGCCACGGCACGUUGCGUCACGGGGAUAUCGUCUGUGUGCUUCUGGGAUCUGGAUAUCCGGUUGCCAUGAGGAAGAGCGAUGAUGAAGGGCAUUUUGAGUUGAUUGGAGAGUGUCGAGUUGCCAAAACGGAUGUCAUGGAGGGCAGACUGCUUGAGGAAAUCGACCCGGCCACCUGGUGGGCCGAGCCUUGUCCCGGCCCUUUGCAAGACUUCGUCAUUGCUUGA